AUAUUCCUUUGCUGGGGCUUUUCUUUGAACCGAUUGAAUAAGAAAUCCGAGAGCAGAAUUGCUGAUUUAAGCAUACGGGAAGCAAUUGUCCAUUGUCCCUGUCUCUACACGUCGCACCAUGGGGAAUCCAAAAGACUAUGUAGCAGAUGACCCUCCAUGUCAUUCGCGAGCUUGUGCCAUUCAAGCCUGCCUCACAAAGAACUCAUACCGAGAAGACAGAUGUCAAGCCCAGAUAGAUGCUUUAUACGCCUGCUGCAAUGCCUUCUACCAGGAAAGGGGCGACGACGCAAAGACACCAAGCUGUCCCAAACCUUCGCUCCUGAGGUUGAAGAUGAAGCAACGAGCCAGUAACCAUUCUUGAUCAACCUGCCACAAUCCUUUGUACAGUCG